AUGACCACGCCAGCCGAGUCACUCCUCAACACCACCACCACAUCCCAGCGCCUGCUGGUCAUCAUCCUGGACUACCCGGAUUGCGGGCUCCCCGCCAGCCUCACCGAGGCCGACGUCCGUACAUUGUACCUGGGCCCGGGCCACGACGGCAACGGAGGUCUGGCACAAAAGUAUAGGGAUUGCUCGUAUGGCAAGUUCACGCUCAACAUCACGGCCUUCAGGGCAGUCCGUGUCCCGCACCUCUGCUCGGUGAUGGUUUCCAGCUCCUGUGCGGCCUGGGCGAUAUCCUUCCUGGCGGAAGCCGCCACGAGAGCACUCAUAGGCCCUACGGACUUUGCGUCAUUCACGCACUUCACAUACAUACUGCCUCCGGGGCUACGGGAGAGGUGCAACCAACCCCCUCUAAGCACUGCGUGGGAGGGACUGGCUCUUCUGCCCGGACGGAAGACCUGGCUGCAGACCUCAGCCUACGGUGUGUUUAGAUGGGCAACGGUCAUGCAAGAAGGUCUACAUAACUACGGCCUGUGGCACUCCUGGCGCAAUGAUAUCGAGUACAACGACUACUCGACAGCCAUGGGCCGCGGAGACGCCUGCCCCAACACCGCGGAGAUCGCCUACAUGGGCUGGGCAACACCAGCUGAGGGUGGCGAGCGGCUUGACAGUAGCAUGCUCGCACCUGGCAAAACCCUGUCCUUCACCAUGCCGGCCACCUACCUCACUGGCAGCAACAACCACCUACGCGUACUGCCCGACUGGUUGCUGAGUACCUACAGCGACGCUUCCCGCGGCAAAAACCUCUAUGUCGCUGUUCGUGUGGCCAAGAAUGCGGACGCCGCUCUGGGGCCGGAAUUUUCAUCCAAGAUCAGCAUACACGAAGUGAAUGCGGCUAUAGACAAUGCUCCAGAAGGCUUUGUAUCCAAGGACCCCCGGAUUCAGUUCAUAAAUUCGACUGGGCCCAUGUCCCGGCUAGCACUUGAUGCCUACCGGCUGGUUGUGUACGGCGGAUCCUGGGUCGGUACGGAUAUCCUCCGGGUGCACAUCUGCCGCUUCUUAUCAUUGCCCUCCGAGUGCCCCCCACUCAAUCGCCUCGAACCGGGGCCUCCCAGAUUUCCACUACCACCCAGCUCACCGCCUCCAUCCCCGUUGCCACCCAGCCCCCUGCCUCCAUCGGCAUCACCCAGCCCACCACCACGUCCAACCCAACCGCCAAGUCCAUGGCCGUCCAGUCCAUGGUCGCCGCAACGACGACCCAACCCACCACCUCCAUACCUGUUACCGCCCAGCCCAAUGCCGCCGUCGCCAGCACCACCCGUUCCACCGCCACCUUCGCGCCUGACGUUCCCUUCUCCACGGCCAUCGUCCCCACCUCCUCCCAGCCCACAAUCUUCAUCUCCAAUCUCGCCACCACCUCGUCCACCGCCAUCUUCACCGCGGCCGCCCAGCCCACUGCGUACAAGGCCACCACCGUCGAGUCCACCUAGUUUUCCCCCAACCCCCCAAUUUGCAACUGGUGAGUGUAAGCCCCAUCUAAGUAGUAGCCUAGCAUGCGUAGCGACUGAGUCAUCAUCAUCAAGUUCUGUCACAGUUUGUGGUCCAUUACUGCUCAUCGUCCCCUGA